CACUUGCAUCUAUAGGCCCCACGCAGGCGCGGCUUGACGCCACUCUCGAAUCACGUUGUGGUGACUGCCAGUGGAAAAGAAAAUGUCAUUACUCACACACAACAGUUUCUGCAGCUUUUCCAAUUCUCUGCAAGUGGUUUUCCAAGGUCCUCAGGGAUAUGUAUAAAAAGGUAAGCGACACAACUGUCUGCAUUUCCAGUAAAUCUUUCGAAAAGCCUCUUUUGGUGAUCUGGUGCUCACACUGAGAAUAUGAAGUUGGUUGUUUUUUGCCUUUUUGCAGUCUGCUGCGGUUCUUUGGCCAGCACGUCGACAAAUACGCCUGACGUACCAUUGCAGAUUAGAAAAUUAGAAGAAGUCCUGAGACAAAUGGAAGCUCUGAGAGGAAACAUGCAGAACAAUGACCAGAUGCUGAAUACUCCAACAGUGGACAUUGAGGACGUCUGCUGUCUGUCAGCCUUACAAUGCUUAAGCGCUAGUUUGAAUGUGCAAUACAACGUUACAGAAAACAAACCAAAAACUAAACUUUUGAAGAGCCUGAGGAGUCAUAUCACUGUGAGAGGUCUUUGCAAUGCAGGAAGUGUUCAGUCCACCUGCCAAGACUGCACCUCACAUCCCAAGGAAAAUGCCACAACAUUUUUCAACAGACUGGAGUCUUUUAUUCAAAAGGCCAUAACAAGACUGUACACGAUCUAAGAAUAGGUGAAGAUCUUCUUGUGACCAAGGAUUGAAUGUAGAGAAGACACUACGCUGAA